ACAGCAAGCGCUUUCAUACCAUUUGCAACUCUGAACAAGGGAACACCGCAACCUCUCAAAAGCUUCUCGAAACACGCUCUCAGAAACGAAACGCGGGCCGAGACGGAUAUCCGGGAUAAGUGCAGAAGCUUUACUUGAUUCAGCUUAAUUGACUUCCAUGCGAGAAGCUUACUGUAUUCGUUGCUUGCGCUCGUUGGCAAUUGUCUAGCGUGUGCCCUGGCAACGGCCUUGGAGCUAGCUGAAAGCACUUAGGUGCCAUGGCCGCACUGUCACAACAUAAUCUGCAAGCGAGACGGCCGGGAAUGCAUGGUGCUGGACUCCACACAUCGCGCUGUGUUCUACGGGCCGGCACUCCCGCACACGCUCUCCUGUCACAUGGCGCGCUGGCGCGGCGUAUCUCGCUGGGUGACGGCUGGGCACGGGUUAGUAUGCCCGUCACGCGCUGCCCGGAGCCCAUGCUGCCCUCGGCGUCGGCCGCUGGCCUGGGCGCACUCAGCGACGACGAGGGUUCCUCCUCGGAGUCGGGCAUUGCUGUGGACAGCGCUGAGGCCGCUGCCAAGCUGGCCAGGCGUCGUGCCAAGCUGCUGAAGCCCUACCUCAUGCCCUCUCCCAAGCGCGGCAUCAUCGGCACCUCCAAGUACGCCGAGCGCCUGCGCAAACAAAUCGUGGCGGCGGCGCGCGACACCAGCAGGCGCCCGGUCAUGGUGUUCGGCGAGUCAGGGCUGGAGAAGUCCAACAUUGCGGCACUGGUGCACUUCAGCGGUCCCGGCCGCAGCACCAAUCUUGCGGCGCUGGACUGCGCGCGCCUGGACUGGAGCGGCGCCGAGCUGUUUGGGCGCGGCGACAAAGAGGGGAUUGUGGAGGCGAUCGGGGACGGCACGCUGCUGUUGAAGAACGUGCACAAGCUGCCUCCCAGCCUGCUGCCGCGGCUGCGCCGGCUGCUGGCGGAGCGCACCUACCGCCGCGCCACCACCAGCCUGGCCGCGCUGGGCCAGGGCGCGGUGGCGCUCAGCAGUCAGGACUUGGCGCCGGAGGAGGCGCUGCCGCCGCUGAAGCGCGCGGCCUGUCGCAUCCUCAUGACUGCCAGCAAGCAGGUGCCCAACAUCGAUGGAGCGGCAGAAGUCAUCAAGGUGCCGCCGCUGCGCCUGCGCCCCGCCGACGUCAAGGACCUGCAGCGGUACUACCUGCGCGAGCUGGCGCGGCGGCAGGGCAGCGGCGGCGGCUCCAUGCCGCGACUGUCCAUCACCGACGCCGCGCUGAAGCAGCUGGAGAGCUACAACUGGCCCGGCAACCAAGUUGAGCUGGCGAACACGGUGGAGCGUGCGGUGCUCCAGCAGCAGCAAAUGGCGGCGGCGGGCGGCGCGGCGGGCAAGGCUGCUGGCGGCGGCACGGGCGAGUGGUCGGGCCGGCUGAGCGAGGAGGUGUUCUGGGUGGCCAAGCAGGCCAAGGACCGCCUGCGACUGAACCUGCUGGCAGCAUAUCCGCCGCUGCGCUCCUUCCUGCGCUCCGAGCUUUGGCCCAACGACAUAAACUUCAAGUUCACGGCGUACGUGUACCCGGUUGUCGUGGCGCUGCUGCUGUGGGGCCCGCAGGACCGGCUCCACAGCCCCUCACUGGCCGUCUUCUGGGACUACUGGUGGCCGCUGGUGUUUGUGUCGUUUCCGCUGCUGGGCCGCGUGUGGUGCGCGGUGUGCCCGUUCAUGAUCUACGGCGAGCUGGUGCAGAAGUGGCGCACCAGCGGGGGCGCAGAGCUGCUGAAGUGGCCCAAGGAGCAAGCCGAGGCGUACGGCCCGCCAUUCCUGUUCUCCCUCUUUGCGGCCAUCCUAAUGUGGGAGGAGGUGUGGGACCUCCCCAACAACGCCUACCUGUCUGGCUGGCUGUUGAUCAUCAUCACCGCCGGCGCCGUCAUCUGCUCCUCCAUUUUCGAGCGCCGCCUGUGGUGCCGCUACCUGUGCCCCAUCGGUGGCAUGAACGGCAUGUUCGCAAAGCUGUCCAUGACCGAGGUCCGCGCGCGGCACGGCGUGUGCGCAAGCGAGUGCAGCACUUACCACUGCUACAAGGGCGGCUGCGCGCAGCCGCCUGUGGGGCUGGAGAGUCCCGGCUGCCCGCUGUACAGCCACCCUGCCCAGCUGACCGACAACCGCAACUGCACCAACUGCAUGGAGUGUCUCAAGGCGUGCCCCAACGGCUCUGUGGAGGUCCGCCUCCGCCUGCCCGGCACGGACCUGUGGAGCGGCCACACGGCCUCUGUGGCGGAGGUGUCGCUCAUGUUUAUGCUGCUGGGGGCAGUCUACCUGCACCACCUGCCGCAGCUGGUGGGUCAGGCGGGUCUGGACGCCUCCGCACUGGGCCUCACGGCCGUCACGCCGCAGCACAUCGCCACCUCCUUCGCCGUGCUGUUCGCACCGGGGCUGGCGGCCUGGGGCGCUGACGUCGCCGGCCGCGCCGCCGCCGCGCGCGGCAUUGACGUGGCCGCCAUGGCGGGGGCCGCGGUGUCCGGCGCCCUGUCGCGCAUCUCCGGCCCCCAGUCCUCGAGCGACAGCAGCGCAGCUGGGGCACAGGCCGUGGGAGCGGCCGCUGCGGCUGCGGCUGAGGCUGCUGCCUCGGCGCCAGUGACGCAGCCGGCGCCGUUUGUGGAGCUGGCGUACGGCUACCUGCCGCUGGUGUGGGCGGCCACACUAGCGCACUACCUACCGGACCUGCUGGGGCAGGGUGGGCACAUCCUGCAGAUUGCGGCGGCCUCCGUGGGCUUUGAGGACGCACCCCUGCCGGCCGUGGAGGCGCACCCCUCCGUCAUCGCCUUCCUGCAGGGCACUCUGCUGCUCUUCGGUGCGGGCACCAGCGGCGCGCUCAGCCGCAAGCUGGCGGCGGCGCCCUGGUCGGCCUUCCUGCCGCAGCUGGCCGGCAUCUCAUUGCUGACUGCGGAGCUGUGGGCGCUGCUGCUGCCGUGAGCCAGGAGCCAGGAGCCGUGAGGAGCCGCGCUGGGGCGGUGGGAACGAACGCACUGUGAUAGUAUGCAGGUUGGGGCGUGGAGCAGACGCGCGGCGCUGUGUCAAGACGUGAGGCAGCCGUGAGGAAGUGCACAACUGAUUACCGGUACUUGGAGAGCGGCGCUGGGAGAGCGGCGCUAUGCACACAAGAAUGGUGGCAAUUUUGGCAGGAUGAUGUGGGGGGCUCUACCACAGACAGGCAGAUUGCACAGAAGAUUUGCAUUCAAACAUUACUUCUCACUGGUGGCUGGGAAAAGCAGGUAGGGAGCCCGUGUGCAGUUGAGGUCGGCGAAGCACACGGACGAGGUUACACAUAUGGGGCUAGGGUGUGCUUGAUGGUAGGCCAGUGCACGCUUGCACACAGCUUGGUGCCCCCAAUUCAUGCACUGUCAUGUCUUGUGCCGUAGUGCGGUGAACGCGAACUGGCGCGUGGUCAGGGCCGGUCCAAUGUAUGCAAGGUUACAACUUACGGAUGCUGGGGUGCCAGGUAGGAGGACGGCAUGAUGAGGGCGCGGAAGACAGGAAGAUGCCGCGCCUGGGAGAAGGCGGUCUAGUGUCCCAGCCACAUACGCAUGCUACGCUACGCUACUCCGGCUAGAUCACAGCCAUGUCACGGCGCCACGAAUAACCACGUCACACCACUGCUUCAACCACACGUAUAUACGGUUAUAGACGUGCGGGGAAACGCGACAAACGGUAUGUAAGUACACACACCC